AUGGCUGACUCGCCGGCUAAUCGAAGUAGGAUCGUGCCCAUCAUGGCCGACCACAACGACGCUCCCUCGACAACAGCUCCAGCGAUAGCAGCCACAGCAAAACCAGCACCCAAACCGAGGUCGACAACCAGAAAAUUCACUGCUGUUCCCAGACCGGCCGAUCCAUCCGGCAGAACUACGCGUUCUCAGACCAAAGCGCUCGGUUUGGACGAUGUCAAUGUCAAUCUGAAGACACUGGAAGCCCGGGGGCUCUACGUGUUCGAUACCAAGGGUGACGGUAAUUGUCUUUACUACGCUCUAUCCGACCAAAUGUACGGUGAUUGGGAUCACGCGACCGAAAUACGCGACAAUUUAUCCGGCCACAUGGAAGCAAACCGGGAAUACUUUGCAGGCUUUGCCGUGGCCCAAGGGGGAGAAAGACGAUCCAAGCGAGCUGCAGCUGCACCACGAAGAGUACGCACUCCAUUGGCAAGCCCGUCGCCCACACCGACCGAAAUCGAAGACGCGUUUCAGGAUAUGGUCUCGCGUACUGCAACCAACUACAUCUGGGGUGGUGCCGAGGAGCUUCAGGCCUGUUGUCAAUACUACAAACGAGACAUUCGGGUAUACAGUGAGGAUCAUGUGCAGGAUUUUCGAGCUUGGAAUGCUCCAGAUGGCGAGCUUCGGGACUUUUUACAUCUUGCAUAUAUUAACAAUGUUCACUACUCAUCAGUACGCAACGUUGACGGCCCACACGAAGGAAUGCCGAACGUCAAAGCGAAAGAGCCAACCAGUCCGGUGGUUCUCGACCUCGAGACGGCCCAGCCUUGGAAGAUCUCGUGCAUCCAAGAAGGACUCGGAGGUCAAUACGAUCAUGAUGCGAUUGUGGAAAUGCUGCGUCGCUGCCGAGGAGAUAUUGACCGCGCAUUUGCCAACUUGUUAGACGAAGAGUCCUCAUCAGCUUCAUCAUUUGUCUCCUCAGCGAAUUCUGCUGCGUCGUCUCAGACCUCAGCGGCAACAACAGCCAGCACAUUGAAACAACACAACAGUCAACCGCACGGGCACAGUUCAGCACUCAUGGCGAAUUUUAAGCCUCGUCUGAUAUCGUCUCGGUCCUCUUCUCGCCACAGUACAGCCAGCAAACGAUCUGCAGACGACAGCGACGGUGAGGAUCCAAUCCCUGCUGUUCGGCAACGUGGAAGGGAGCAAAAACGACGUAUCCUACCCAAAGUCACCGUGGGAAUUAACUUUGGCGACCAGGAAAAGCCGGAUUUGGUCUCCUUGCGGUUGCGAGUGAACUCUGAUGCUAUGGCUGAGCAAACCAGUCCCACCCCUUCACCAUUGGAACAACCGGAGCAACCAAAAACAAAUCCUAAAUCAGUCGAGGGCCGCAAACUACGACCACGCAAAGCAAGAACAAGUGUUGAUAGCGAAGCUUCCACUUGUACAAAUUCUAGCGAUUCGCCCGUCAUCAAAGUGGAGGAAUGA